GGUCGUGUCGGGAAGCAGGCGGCGUGCGGGUGCUGGCUGUGAGUCCGGAGGGGCCGCUCCCUCUGGCUGCGCUCUGGACCCUUGGUGAUUGAGCUCAGAGUCAGGCAGGAUGGCUACUCUGAUCUUUGUGGAUAAGGAGAACGGAGAACCUGGCAGCCGCGUGGCUCCCAAGGAUGGGCUGAAGCUGGGGUCUGGGCUGGCAGGGAAAGCCUUCGAUGGCAGAACCUCGGCCUCGGUGCCGCUUGUGGGCAAAAAGUUUGAUGCUGCACCAGCUUUCCCUAAAGCUGCCAGAAAGGCCUUGGGGACUGUCAACCGAGCUACAGAAAAGGAGGUGAAGACCAACGCGCCCCUCAAACCGAAACAGGCGAGCGUCGCCAAGAAGGUGACCGAGAAGAAGGUUAAAGCAAAAACCUCUGUGCCUGCUCCAGAUGACACCUAUCCCGAAAUAGAAAAAUUCUUUCCCUUCAAUCCUAUAGGUAACAUCUAUUUCGAGAGUUUCGACCUGCCUGAAGAGCACCAGAUCGCGCCCCUGACCUUGAAGGGCGUGCCUCUCAUGAUCCUCGAUAAGGAGCAAGAGCUUGAUAGGCUGUUGGAGCUGGGCCCCCCUUCACCCAUGAAGAUGCCCUCUCCCCCAUGGGAAUGUGGUCUGUUGCCAUCUCCUUCAAGCAUCCUGUCGACCCUGGAUGUUGAACUGCCACCUGUGUGUUACGACAUGGAAAUUUAAAUUUCUUACUGCUUUGUAAAUUGUGUGUAUUUGUGUUAAUAAAGCCUUUCUUUAAUGGAUAUU